GGUAUUUCCAACUCGACUAGCCUAUAACUCACGCGGGCUGCGAAACUGCGUGACUGGACGGUAUAGUUUCUAGAAUCGAACUAAAUCAAAUUCUCUGGAUUAUGUGCGUAAAAUUAAAAAAAAAAUCAUUCAGGUGUAAAUAGAACAGCACAUUGGGCCUACACUACAUAUCAUAAUUGCAUCUGUACAAUUCUUGAAGGAAAAAGGUGCAUGCAUUUUAUUGGACAACUUACUGUAUUUUUCACCAGGAACGCUCACUGCACGUGAUUUGAAUUUAUCGAUAGCAAUUCGUUUGUUCCUCAUCCACCCCGUUUGAAUUCAGGUAGAGGAGUGGAGCACCAGAGUUGUUUUUCUUCUCUUUUUGUUUACGUGCUUGGAUAUUUGUAAGCCAAGAAUUUGUUUCAGAGCAUUACAUAAGAUAAACCUCAAAAUGGCAUCGUCUCAAAUGGCUUCUGCAACAUCCUUUAAAAAUCCAAAACUUAUUUCAAUACCUGAUGUAGAAAUUGACAAACAUGGAAAGUUUAAAUACAUUUUAGUCAAAGUGCAUGAUCCAGACAUGGACAGGGAGUUUAAACACAUUGUUAGAGGCUCAGCAAAGGCAGCGUAUCAUGCUGACAUCUACGAUCAGGUUGUGGCUCAGAUAGAAGAGAAAGGUCUGGACUGUGAGAUACUCGGCGGCGGUCGAAUAGAGCACGAGCCGGCCAAAAAGUCUAUCAAGAUUUAUGGUUAUUCACAGCAAUAUGGCCAGGCUGACCAUUCCAUCACUCACUCUCUGCUGCUGAGGAAAUACAAGGACUAUGACCAGAUUACAUGGAGCAAUGAAGGUUACUAGACCUGGCUGUGGGGUGCUUGGAAGGACUAGGGGGCGCUUCUGUUAUGUGGGUCAUCCAGUAUGGUUGUUGAUGCGAUAGACUUGAUGGUCGAGUGCUGGUCACACACGUUUGGACAUAGGACAGUAGGAGCAGCUGGCUCUGUGAUUGAGGAUGGUCCAGAAACUACGUCUCUAUCCAAGUUGUAUGUUGUCUUGUUACUGGUUGGAAUGUCUGAUUGUUACGUCAUUUGUUAUAUUGUUUCUUUUUGAUGAAUCCAAUUUUUUUAUUAGCCUACAAUGACCUUAGAUACACUACUUCCUUAUAAACCUAUUGAAUAAUAAUGUUUAACUAUUUAAAAAAAAACACUUUUUUCCCAAUUAAUUAAUUUUAUUUAUUGGCGCAUCUUACAAAGACCUCCUUUAAUUGUAUUUAGGCUGAAAUCAGCUUGCCUUAUUUUUUUUUAUUAAUUAGUUAUAUUUUUUUAAAGUACAUGUAAUUGUUAGGCUAAUUAAUCUCAUGGUCUCUGGCAGCAUAGAAUUAGUUGUUGUUUUUUUUCUCUAAGAAAACCCCAAUCUAAAUUUCUUUCUUGGCAAUAAAAAAUGCUAAAUAUCUUUUGUUGUUGUUGUUGCUUUGAACAUAAUGAGAAACAAAUGUGUAGUCUGUUGAAAAGGAAAUAGAUUCUAAUUGUUCAAUUUGCUUAGACGUUCAGUUGGCAGAUGUAAAAUUGUUAUUCAUUAUCUUCAUGGUGUACCUGAUUAGUUCAAUUUACUGCUUCUUGUUGUCUGGAGCAGGAGGCUUGAUUUUCUAUUUGUAUCUAUUCAAGUAGUAAAUGUGUGCAUUUAUAUAUUAGUGGCAUUAGUAACAGGUAUACUAGACUGUGUUUUUUCUUUGUGAAAUUAGAUUUAUAUUUUUUUCCAUGUCAGAUUUUUUGGUCAUACAAGCUUAUGCGGUUUCUACCAGUGUAUCUUAUAAGGAAUAUGAAAGGAUGGUUAAAAUUAUUGGAAUAUCAUAAUACUACCAAACAUUAACAUAAUUGCUAAGCAGAUAUAUCAGCAAGUCUUUGUUUAUGCAUUUCCUGUAAUUUUAAUGAUGAAUUAUUAAAUGUAAGUAUUUUUUGUGAGAUAAAUAAGAAGCCAUUGGAUAUAAUUCUUUCAUGCUAUAUUGAAAAAAAAUAUUUUUAAAUAAUAAAAAGAAAGUUUUUAAAUAAUAAUAAAAAAAAAGGUUUUAUUAUUUUUAUUUUUUUCUUUCCCUACAAAUCAUCCUGUAUUAUUAGAAUAAAUAGAAUAGAUUUGAUAAACAUGAUCAUUUAGAGCCUUUUAACUUCAAUAUAAAUUUAAACUAUCAGAUGGCAGGAUUACCACAUUACCUGUAGACUAUCUAUGGGUCCACUUAGGUGUCAGCGGAAAAAAUAUACUCACAUCUCUGUGUAUCCUUUAUCAUGAAAAGUGACAGUUAAUGACAUAAAUUGGGAGAGGGGGGAGUUAUCUUUUUAAUGAAACACCAAAAGCAAAUAAUUAUUUAUGUAUUAACACAAACAUUUCUGAAUUUAAAAACUGCUCUUACUCUGUCAGUUUCAUUUGAAGUGAUACAUGUAGGUGUGACAAGGCCCCAGUUAGCUACUCUUGUAUAUUUUUAUUUGUAACUUUAGUAAAUGCUGUAAAAAAUUAACAUAUCUUAGGCUAGAAAAGAGAAUUGGUCUAAGAUAUUUUGUAUUAAAGAUAUUUGGAUGUGAGAUUCCAUAGCUUGACUCUGCACAGCUCUGAAUGCCCGAUUAACAGCAAGACAAACAGGUCAUGUUGUUGCUUCUAGAAAUGCUGAUUUUAUUCUCGGUUUAAUACUUUUUGCAUACCUAGCCUUGCAUUACAUAUUAUAUACCACACUCAUUACUUGUCUUUGUUUAAAUAGAACUCACCCACCCCCCUUUGCCAAAAAAAUAAUUGUUAAAAGCACACUUCCACUUUAACCAUUGAAUUAGAAAGCAGUUAUUUUCCUUGAAGACCAAGUUAAUAUCAAAUUCAGCUGAGAUUUAAUCAUUAGAUAAUUGUUGAUGUCUGUGAAAUACAUGGCUCUAAUAUGACUUUUAUGUGCCUUUUAGUCAUGUAUUAUACACCUUUCAUAUUCAAGUUGUGGGUUUGGUAUCAAGUGAUGAAACAAAUAUUUAAAAUGUAGGGGUAAACAGGUGCUUGACCUAAUUAAAGGGUUCCCUUUCAAUAAUGUGUAAUUUAAAAAAUGCCAAAAACACCUUUUUAAUAAUAUUGUGCAUAAGGUGUAAUGCUUUGUCCCUUCACCUACCUUGAAAGGUCUGUUAGUUCAAUUUCACUCCCUGAUAAACUCUCUUCUCCUUUGUGUUGUGCUGAUUUAGCUGGUAUUGUAUUGGUGACUUCAAUUAGUAUUACAGUUGCCUCAGUAUUGAAUGAAAUUUGAUUAGAAAAACCAUGUUCACUUGUACUUUUAUUAUUUUCAAGAUGAUAGUCUCCAAUAAAAUAUUUGUUGACUAGUUGUAAAGUUUUUGAGUUUCAUGUGUUCUUUGUUUUAUUUGUCUCCAUUCUAGUCUUGGGUUGGAAUCCUGGUAAAGACAGGGAUUUAGAAUUUCAGGUUUUCUAAGGAAGCUCCUGAAACAUACACUCACAUCAGUAACUGACAUACACUGAGUUAAGGUGGUUAGUCACUGUGCUGUCAAUCUUGUUAACCUUUAGGCCUCAGUAAUAGAUGAGCUUUACAUCGUCUGCUCCAUAAAUUGCAAGGUUUGAAGGAGGUACUUUAAUUUUGAACUUACUGCUGUACUAUGAUCUUAUCUUGGUGUCCCAUAUAUGUGUAGCUCUAGCUCUAGACUGUGCCUUUGUAUUCUGGCUUUAUUGAUCACUUAAAUACUGCCUUGUUGGUGAGAAUUUAGACCAGGGACUGAUCACUAUUUAAUGUAGUGUUGAUGACUGUAUAAAUAUUUCUGUACAUACGCACAAAGAUUCUGUUAGUUUAUAGUUUGUAUUUACAACUUUUUUUUUUUUUUUCCUCCUCUACUGGUGGUAGAUCUUUGAAUUACUUGUUUAUUAAACACUGAGGCUUGUAGUUCAUGAGAUUUAUUAGUGACAUCAAAUAGAAUAUCAGUGUCCUUUGUUGUUAUUUUCUGAUCAAAUGUCCAUUCUCAUUAUAUUGAAUAUCUUAAGACCUAGAUUCAAAUUGAUUGAGCUGGAGUAUUUGGUACUGUACAUGUAAAAUACAGCUUAGUAGGAUAAUGUUCCAUUUUAUAUCAAUAGAACAGGGGAAGUAAUCAUGGACCUGUUCCACAGAGCAAGGGAAGUAAUCUUUGACCUGCUCCUUUGCUAAUUUGACUUUCAUCUUAAUUUUAUCAUUCUAUUCCCCUUUUACCUGUAAGAGAAAAUUUGGGUACCAUUGCUGACUCUUUGAUAACUAAGUUCUGAUACUAACCUGGACCUAGGUAUGCAUUAUUUAAUAUUAGUGUUAAUUUUGUACUUUAUAUGCUGAAGUCCAACUUUUGUUUUUUUUUAAGACCAGUAUUUAAUCAUGUUCAUAUCUGGAACUGUUACGGUAGCCUCUGUCAUUGUGUUCUUAUGCAGGUUCAUUUUAUUGUGUCAUUUUUGUUAUCUCAAGUAAGUACUUAUGUUUUAAUAGUUUAUUUUGAGUACAAACUCUAAUAUUUAAAUAGAAAAAAAAAUUUGGAUUUUGUCAUUAGUGAUAUUACAAUAAAAACAUAAUCAAAUAAACA